ACUGUUACAGCAGGACCAGCAGAGGGAACACGGGUGUUGCUUCCAGGAUCCAUGAAAAUAAUGCAAAAAAAGGUCCUGGAAGUAGUAAUGAAAUGCAUGUAUUUUAAAUAGUGAUGUGUCAGGGACUGCUGUUCUACUGUUAUCCCUUGUAUAAUACUUUUGAUCCUUUUUCCUCCCUGUUUUUACAUUUUCCUGUUCUUGCUUUUGUUUCAUUUCUGCUGUUUGCUGCUGGGUGUGUUGGCUGGAAUAUUUUAUUGGGAGGAGACAAUAUAAUGUGCUUUUUCAAGUAUGCACCUUUUGAUCCAUAACUUUUUCUGUAUAAUGUGCAUUCUUACAGUGUCACAUAUCCAUGUUUUAUUAUUUUAUUAUUCAUUAGUGAACUGACAUAUGGUAAAUGUCAUUAUAAGACACACAAAAAAGGGAAGAAUAAACAUUGGUGACAUAUUCUGUGGCACUGAUAUGUGGGGAAGAGGUGAAGGAGUGCAAGACAGCAAGCUGACCAUUGAGACUGUUCUCAGAAGCAAAAGACAGGAAAAAAAAUCCAAUUUUUUUUUCCAGCUGAGGUAAUUUUGAGUAAAUGAAGCACUGAGGUUUGCUGGGCUGUGUGGGUGGACCUUCCAAGAAACAUUGCAGAGCUCCCCUGUGUGUGCCAGCUCCUGUGCCAGGCUGGACCUUCUGAUGCAGCGUGGCACAUCCUUUAAAUGAACAUGAUAUGCCAAAUGAAAUAAUGGGCACAAAUUGAGCUUGCAUCCCGAGUUUAUUCAUCUCUUAAUAAAUUAUUUCUUCAGCAAGCUUUCAAUUACCAGGAAAAUGGAAGAAGCAGAUGUCCCAGGCAUCAAAUAUCCCAGCGCCGAGCGUUCCAUUUGUCUCGCUGUUUGGAGAGUUUCAGGUUUUAUGCUGGGAAAAGCUGAGGGGAAAACGAGUCAUUUAACCUGUCAUUAAACAUGAUGGAACAGACUGAUGGGACCUGUGAGACAAUUUAAAUUAUUGGCUUCUAAUCCAAAGGUAGAAAUGACCUGUCAGACAGAUUUGACUGGGAUGGCUUAUUAAUCAUGUCAAACCUGUGGAAACAGCUCUGUUCUCUUUAUGGCUCCUUGUUUAUUCUUUUCUGACAAAUGUUGCCCAAAUCUGACUAAAAAAGAUUUAAAGGAUUUUAAAAAAGGAUGGCUCCAGCCACCUUUCUUUUUCAGCCUCUGUCCCACAGCAGGAGCUGGGAAUGUGCUGCAAAGGCCUCUCCCCCAUUAUAAGAUUAAUUAAUAUCUGCCUGGCACUGCCAGAGGCACCAAAUAAUCGAACUUGGCUCCUCUCCAAACACCACUCUAAUGUAAAGUGUGGUGCAGAGGUUACAGAAUCCAGCCCAGCUCAUUCAGGAGUUUCCGUUUGGCCGCCGCCUCCCGUGUGACAUCUACUGGCACGGGGUGUCAUUCCACGACAGCAACAUCUUCUCAGGGCAGGUCAACAAGUUCCCAGGCAUGACGGAGACGGUUCGGAAGAUCACCCUGAGCCGGGCCAUGAGAACCAUGCGGGACCUGUUUCCCCUGGAGUACAACUUCUACCCUCGCUCCUGGAUCCUGCCAGAGGAGCUGCCUCUCUUUGUGGCUGAGGUUCGUACGAUGAAAGACAGCAAUCCAUCCUGGAAGCCCACUUUCAUUGUAAAGCCUGAUGGAGGCUGCCAGGGGGAUGGAAUCUACCUCAUCAAGGACCCAAGUGACAUCAGGCUGACAGGGAGCAUCCAGAGCAGGCCAGCUGUAGUGCAGGAGUACAUCUGCAAACCACUGCUCGUGGACAAACUGAAGUUUGAUAUUCGCCUCUAUGUCCUGCUGAAGUCCUUAGAACCCUUAGAGAUUUAUAUAGCCAAAGAUGGACUUUCUAGGUUUUGUACAGAGCCCUAUCAAGAACCCACACUCAAAAAUUUGCACCAGGUUUUUAUGCACUUAACCAACUACUCACUAAAUAUCCAUAGUGGGAAUUUCAUCCAUUCUGCCAGUGCGAACACUGGCAGCAAGAGGACUUUUUCAAGCAUUCUUUGCAGAUUGUCUUCCAGAGGAGCUGAUGUCAAAAAGCUCUGGUCAGAUAUAAUUUCAUUGGUGAUUAAAACAAUUAUUGCACUGACACCAGAACUGAAAGUUUACUAUCAGUCUGACAUACCAGCAGGAAAGCCUGGGCCAACUUGCUUCCAGAUUUUAGGGUUUGACAUUCUCCUGAUGAAAGACUUGAAGCCUGUGUUACUGGAAGUAAAUGCAAACCCCAGCAUGAGAAUAGAACAUGAGCAAGAGCUUUCUCCUGGAGUAUUUGAAAAUGUCCCAAGCCCUGUUGAUGAAAAAGUGAAAGUUGCUGUCAUCAGGGACACUCUGCGGCUGGUGGACCCUCAGAAAAAGAAGAGGAAGGAUACUCAGUGCCAGAGCCCGGAGCAGGCCCCGGGAGGCAGCGAGGAGCCGCCGGACGCCGCCCCCAGCCCCGAGGCCGCGCUGCCCUCGCUGUGCCUCAAGCAGGUGUUCCCCAAGUACGCCAGGCACUUCAGCUACCUGCGCCUCGUGGACAGGGUGGCCGCGCUCUUCAUCCGCUUCCUCGGCGUCAAAGGGACCACCAAGCUGGGCCCAACGGGGUUCCGCACCUUCAUAAGAAACUGCAAACUGAGUAACAGCAAUUUUUCAAUGGCAGCUGUAGAUAUCCUGUAUAUUGAUAUCACAAGGAGGUGGAACAGCAUGGGCAUUGACCACAAGGAAUCAGGUAGCCCAGGAAUGUGUCUGCAAGCCUUUGUGGAAGCUUUCUUUUGCCUGGCCCAGAAGAAGUACAAGGCGCUGCCGCUGCACAAGCAGGUGCUGUCGCUGCUGGAGCUGUGCGAGUGCCGCCUGGCCGCGCUGCACGGGAAGCGCCUGGUGUGGGGCUGCGGGCUGGCCCAGCCCCGCGGGGCGCUGCGGGCAGCGGGCACCGCGCCGGGCCCCGGCCCCGCCCGGCCCCACGGCCCCCCGGUGCUGCGGCUGCAGAAAUCAUCGCACCAGCUACGGGCGCUCAUGUGCCGGGACAGGACCGGCAGUUAAUCCCCGGCCAGGCACGGGUCCUGCUGGAGGAGAGACUGGCGAUGGAAUCCCUCCAUUUCAGAGUGACAAUUAUUUAUUUUCAGCUGUAUUUUUUAUUUAUGCUUUUCCAAAAAGUCUACUGCAACCUCCCGUUUUCAAAUAAUGACUCUGGCAAUGACUAUUUCUUCACCUCUCUGUGGGAUUCACUGUGCACAUCCCGUGACAAACUGCAUUCAUCCUGUGUGUGGAAAAGGACCAACCCACACGGGAUGAUAACCAGCAUCAUGGGAUUGCCUGCACUGACUGAGGAAUUACAUUGCUUUGUGUGCACAGGACAUGUCACAGCAACCAAGGAAGGAACUGCAGUCACAAAUACCAGACUGGAGAACUGAAAUCUGAAACUGCACUUGUGGUCAGACUUCAGGCCUUGACUCUCUUCUUUCCAUGGCUUGGACUGUAGGUGUUGGAAUAAAUACAGAUUUGGUCAAUAUCUAUGUACUUAUUUUUUAAAGUCAGUCUUAAAGCACUGAAAUAAUAUUUUGGCUUCUACUUCUUUGUACAUGUCUUUGCCAUGACAAGUACUGUUAGUUUUUUAAAGAACUAAAACUGUUUAUCCUUUUGCUUCCACAGAACCAAUAAGCUCACACUUAUUCACAGAAAGAGAUUUACUUUCUUAAGUCAAAUUUGGUGAAUCAAGUGGUGGUUUUGUCUUCAGGGAUUCAGCACUGCUUCUGCAGAAAGCUGUACAGUGUAAAGGCAUAAGAGCUCAGCUAAAUUCCAGUGGAACCAACCCUGUCACUGACUUUAGCCUAGACUAACUGUAUUCUAGGUUUGCUCAUUUUUUGUCUUUUGCAUGCUUGUUACCCUCUUGAGACCUGCAGUAACAUCUAGAGCAGAUCUUCUUUGUGUCUUUGCUCAUAUUCUUAAUUUUUUCCUUAAAUAACCGCGUGACUCUGUACGAAUUAGAUCUAAGGAUGUUGUGUCAGAACCGCUGGGCUGUACUGCUGGAAUUGGACAGAGGGGUUUGAUUAUCCAGGAAAUGAACCAUGACUUCCAUGAUCUCACACUUCUUGUGGGGGCUAAGCAGAACUUGAGACUGGCUGGAAGGACAGGAAUAACUUGGAACUUCAGGGGUGUUGAGUGAAAUUCUUUGGGGUCUCCAUUUAUUGCAAUAAUGAAUGGCUACAUCUGAGCUUGAUUUUCCUCCUUUGUUCUGCUCUUUUAAUGUUAAUGACUUGGCUUAUGUUUUAGUGUCCUCCAUGUUGUCAGAAAUGGCAAAGCUGUAAGAUGGGCACUGAGCUUUGGGUUGGAGAACAUUCCCUGAGCUCCAUGUCAAAAUGUUCCAGUGGCUGGUGCCCCCAAAAUAUGUCAUUGAGGGGGAGUCUACCUGUUUCAAGUCAGGGACUAAAGGCACACAUGGUGCAUCAAGUGAGUUUUCACUUCAGGGAAUGUUUGUAGAGCUUUUUCCUGAUUUCAGAUUUAAGCAGCAUGUGUUUUUCCCAACUGGCAGUAGCAGCAUGGCAAUGCAAUGCAGGAGUCAGGCUGAGCCCACACAAAACUAGUCCCCAGCAUGUGUUAAUCUCAGAUGUGGGCAUCCCUUCUCCUUACCUUUUUCUGUAACACAAAUAAAAUAGUAGUCGAUGAUCUUUUUUAGUUCAACAGCCAGACUUUGAAAUUUUAUGUAUUGUACAUAAGAGGACAAUUGUAGACUAACUAAUGCCACUGCCCUCAGCCUUGUUCAAAUGUCAUAAAGAUUAUUGCAGUAUGAAGAUAAAAUGCAGAACUCCAAAGUCUGGCACCUGUCAGAACAAAUGAAGCUGAAAGGGUCAUUUUUUUCACACUUUCAUUGUAAUAUAUUUGAAGACAUUCACAGGUUGAAAAAUGGUUACUUCUCCUUUUGUGACAUCUGACAUUUGUCUUGCGAUUGGCAGUGUGUUACUGGAAAAUAGCUUACAGUUCCUCUCAUCUCAUGAUUGAUGUCCUGUAAAGACAGAGUUACAGAGGAGUCGGAUUUGAAAUGCUAUGACUGUGAAUGCCUUUCCCUGCACCUUUGAAGUACUACGAUGUGUGGCCUGAAAUAUCCCAGUUUUGCAAUUGUAGAGCUCACCCUGAUAUCAGUGGAAUAAAUUAACUAUUGUAUAUUGAACACUGAUAAGAUCUCUCUCUCUAUGGGAGACCUUUAUACUCUCUGGAUCUAAUAGAGGUUUUUAUAGCUCGUGCAUCCACAGGCUGAUGCUGCAUGCUCUAUUCAUCUCCCACUUCAAAUAUGAAAGGUCCCUUGUAGAAUAGUCAAAAUAUUCAAUUAUCUGCCUCUAGUAAUCCACUGUUCAUGUAUUUAUAUAAUUGGAAAAUUGAAUGCUAUAUUAUUCUCGGAGGGGGAGGGAAUAAACCAGGAAUGUACUUUAGAGAUUUAAUGGCAGUCACAUUUCUCUUCCCUCUUGUCUAAUUCAAUUUCCUCUGAAUAUUAUUUAGCAUCCAAUUGCAUAGAGCCUUUAAGUUACCAGUGUGUGCCCAUGCAAAUGACCAGAGACACUUUAUCCAGGAUAUGAAUGCUAAUGCACUGAUAAUCUAUUAAUCCUGAGGUACCUCUCUAGCUACAGAAACAAUACAGGAAAGGCAUUGGAUUUUUAACAGCACUUUUGUAUAUAUUCUCUUCAGAGAAUACCACAGCACUGCACUCAUGAUUCUAUUUAUGACAUAUAUGAUAUGAAUAUUGUAUACCAGUGAAAUCUUUCUUGUUAUCAGACACACUGGGUCUGAUAUCCUUGAGUAGAAAUCAGAAUAAAACAACAUCUAACAAA